AUGUGUAUGAGUUACUUAAAAGCAGUCAAACAUACUAAAUGCAGAUUGUAAACUACUGAGUUUGUAAUAAGUAUUUUAUCUAAAUUAGAAAACGGAUACAAAUGUGAUCUUAUAUGAAAUGGAACAAAGAAUCAUAGAAGAAAUUGAGAUACCGGUUCCGUGGGGGCACGUAGCCGGCCGUUGGUGGGGUCCUAGGAAUAAACAACCAGUAAUUGCUUUACACGGCUGGCAGGACAAUGCUGGAACUUGGGAUAACCUUAUUCCUUUGCUGUCUGUCACAACUGCAGUACUCUGUCUCGAUUUACCCGGUCACGGUUUAUCUUCCCAUUACCCUAAAGGAAUGAACUAUUAUACAUAUUGGGACGGCAUAAUUCUCCUCAGAAGAAUUAUAAAACAUUAUAAUUGGUCUAAAGUGAUACUAAUGGGACAUUCACUUGGUGCCGCCAUAAGUUUUAUGUAUGCGGCAUCAUUUCCUGAAGAAGUAGACAGAAUCAUAUGUAUCGACUCUGCAAGUCCAGCUGUAAGAGAACCCCAUGUUGCAGCUAGUCAUACAGGGACAGGUAUAGACAAACUAUUGGAUUAUGAAAAUUUACCAAAAGAAAAACUAACGCCAUGUUUUGAUUACGAUUUUAUGAUUGAUAUUGCAUGUGACGGGUACAAUGGUUCUGUUUCCAGAAGAAACUGUAUCGUUUUGAUGAAGAGAGGAUUAGCUGCAGCUCCUAUAUGUAAUAAGAAAAGAGGCUACUAUUUUAAAAGAGAUCCCAAGUUAAAAGUUAUUGGGAUAGGUACAAUGGAUAUAAAUACUGCUCUGGUAUAUGCUAGUAGGAUCAGGUGCAAAGUUUUAAAUAUACGAGCAAUACCUGGACUGAAGCGAGAAAGGUUGGACUACUAUCUUGACAUCAUUGAAAAAAUGAAAGAAAAUACAAUUGUGCGUUACGAAGAAGUGAAAGGAACACAUCAUGUACAUUUGGAAACACCAGAGAAUAUAGUCCAUAUUGUAGAAGAGUUUUUGAAUACAUAACUAUUGAUUUUUAGGUGGAAUUAUCUAAAACUUAAGAGUAGAGCUAUGUUUUUGAUAAUUUCACUUUGUUAAAAAAAUACAAUAGUAUUAAUCUAUUUAAAUGUGAAUAAAAUGAAUAAUUUUCAUUGUUUAAACUUUGGUCAUAUUGUGGGCCAAACUUUAGUGUGCAAAUACGUUCGCGGGCCUUAAUAAGUUCUAAAGUUCUAAAUUAAGUAGCAUUGUUAAUUUUGCCAGUUCUGGAAUAUAAGUCAAAUGGCUUUAAUCUGUGAUUCCCUUUAUUCCAAAUCAUAACCCAAAUUUUUGUUUGAUCAUAAUGGUAUAAAAACUAAAUACUGACGAUAAGAUUAACAAAUCCUAUUAACUACGAUCACCACAUACAACCAAAAAUUUGCUUUUUGAGUUUUAAUUUUUGAAGAUCAUCCUCAAUUACCUAUUCAAGAACACUAUCAUUACUUAGGUGGUCGGUAAUCACAUACUAUAUUUAAAAUACUCAAUUCUACACAAUAAACUUCAGUAUCUCGUUCUACCGUUAAUUCUACGAUAUCUUCCGUUCCUUACAUUUUAAAUUAUUACUAACAAAUAUCAAUGAUCCACCGCAUUAUGCUCCUUUGCGUACAUAUGAACUUUACAAAUGAAAAUUAUUUAAACAAAAUGACAUUUUAUCAGGUCGCAGUCAACGUUCUGUUUAAUAAACUAUUUCUACAUCGUUAGAUUUAAUAAAUAACUCUAAUUAUUAGUCCUUGCCGGCCAAAUAUUUGAAGCAUUAUAUUAACAUAAGUCGAUUUGGCCUUUGUCUUUUCAGUUUUAAACUGAAUUUGUCAAAUCAAUAUUUACUUUAGUAAAAUUACUAAUACAAAAAUUGUUCUGUGUUACAUCAAAUAUAACAGAAUCUUGUAUAUUAAAAGCUGACAAAGUGGCUUAAAAGAUAAAGAAGAUCAGUCCUAGCUAAAGUGAACUCGAAUUCACAACUUUUCACAAACCAGGCAUUAUUCAUUACCUAAAUAUAUUUACCAAUAAAGCGUUGUUAAUACAAAAGUACUUUUACGUUGGUCUUAUAAACUUCGCUGCACGUAAGGUUAUCGAAAUAUGUCAAAAUUUGCAAUAGCUUUUGAUCUCUAUCCUCAAUUUACUAAGGCGUUACAACAUAGUACUAAUAUAACAUGGAUACUAAGGCU